UCGACCGACGUCUUGCGCGCGCGUAACCUCCUCCAGUUGCCACUGUUCUUGUGAAGCUGUUGUUAUUGUUGUUGUUAUUGUUGCUGUCGCAGUACUAGUAUCGGUGUGCGUGUGUGUAUGCGUUCGUGUGCGUGUUCGCCAGCAGUCGUUGCCGCCGCCGCCGCUCCAGUAAAGUACAAUAUUAUUAUUGCUUACGGGUUCGUGUCACCGUCGUUUGUUUUGAUUUUUCGGUUUUGGUUUGUUCAUAUUAUACGCACAAUAUAUAAUAGCACUCCACAUCAUCCGAAAAGUAUAUCAUUUUAUUGUUGACGGAUAUUGAAUCGCAUUCGCUAUAUAACGGGACGCGACGUGCCAUCGCGCGCGGACAUGGGACAAACGUCCGAUUGACCGAUAACAACGUUCCCCGGCCCUUCCGCCCGUCGUCCGUUUGACAGCGCGUCAACACCGGCCGAUAAACCGCGCCUCGUGCGAUCGAUCUCGCGACAACACAGACUGUACGUUUCGGUUUUCGGAUCGCCGCCGCACGCCGACGACAUGGAAACGUGCGUGCUCAUACCGAAAGAGCUGUCCUUGCAGGCGGUGCCCGUGGCCAACGUGCAGCGGUCCAACAACAACAGGCACCACGUGGAACCGGAAAUCACGGUCAUGACAAACGUCAACGUGCCCAGGGGCACGCUCAUCUACCCGUUCCAGGGCACGGUGCGCAUGGACAAGUUGGACGUUUUCUCGUUCCUGGAAGACACAGACAUAAGGCACAGAUUCGGUUGCUACGACCAGGUGACCGAGGUGAACAGACUCCGAGUGCGUUAUUGUAAUUGGGUCCGGUUUUUGAAAAUAACGCAGCACCAUUCCGAACAACAUGUCAACGUAUUGGGAACCAAAAUAAAAGGCGAACCUAUGUACGAAGUAAUCAAAAACAUACCUGCCAACACAGAGUUAAUCGUGCAUUACUUGCCGGAACGGCCAGAAGAGAUAUUCUUCAUGCCUGCCGUCCACUAUUUGAGAAACACGCUGUACAGACGCACGAUGGACACAAUUCUGGAAGAUUCACCGUUGGAUCUAUCCAUGUCGUUACUCUCUCGGGCGUUCGGCACGUCUUCCGCGUCAUCAGCAUCUUCCCCACCCAGCGGACUGGACACGGACGAACGCAAAUCAUUAUCCGGCGAAUCAUCUUCGGCCAACUCUUUGUCUGGUGACACAGCAUCGCUGGACCACAACGUGAACAUGAUUGUGUGUAACACAACUCCAGUAAAACCGAGACCAUUCCGCGGCGAGCGCACUCUUCUUCCGUGUGAAGUCUGCCGCAAAGCUUUUGACCGACCGUCAUUGCUCAAGAGGCACAUGCGUACGCACACUGGUGAAAAGCCGCAUGUGUGUGCAGUGUGCAACAAAGGUUUCUCAACAUCGAGCUCUUUAAACACUCACCGGCGAAUCCACAGCGGCGAAAAACCACACCAGUGCGGAGUCUGUGGAAAACGAUUCACUGCUAGUUCUAAUCUCUAUUAUCAUCGAAUGACUCAUAUCAAGGAGAAACCACACAAAUGCACAUUAUGUGCCAAAUCGUUCCCGACGCCUGGCGAUCUGAAAUCUCACAUGUACGUUCACAACGGAUCGUGGCCUUUCAAAUGUCACAUUUGUAACAGAGGUUUCAGCAAACACACAAAUCUGAAAAAUCACUUGUUCCUGCACACCGGGGACAAACCGCAUGCUUGCGAACUAUGCCAAAAGAAAUUCGCUCUCGCCUGCAACCUGAGAGCGCACAUGAAGACCCACGAGAGUGAAACCCAAGAGGAAUGCAACAAAUGCGGUAAGGUGUACAUGGCACCGGAAACGGAUAAGGGUCACGGCGGCGCGUGUCCCGAGUGCGCUCCGUCAUCGCAUCAGUCCUCGGCCGACGCCGCCGUCGACGCUACAUCGGCCGCCGUGGGGAGUUCACCGCAGGACGAGGAACGGUCAUACGGGGGCGAUUCUGAAGACUGUUCGUCGAUGGGAUCCGCUGACGACUGUAGCAGUAGGGGCGGCAUGUGAACGGCUGCGGUGCCGGCGUUACGACGUGGGAGGUGCGGGUCUCGGGCUACCGUCUCCAUGAGCGCGCGCACCCUUAAAACACGUUAAUAUAUUAUUAAUUAAAAUUUUAAAAAAAAUACCGAUACGGUAAACCUAUAUUUAUAUAUAUAUAUAUAUAUAUAUAUAUACUUGUUUACGCGUGUAACGCACCUUCGUCGACGACGAAAGCGGCGGCAACGGCGACGACGAUAUAAUCAUAUUAUGGGUAAAUAAUAUCAAUAAUAUCGUCAUAAAUAACGCGUGCGCUCAACGACGGGAAAACAAACAAAACGUACAAUACGCAACAGAGCACUUAGGCUUUUAUCGAUUUUCGUGGUUUUACGACCAAGUCGAACAUAAUAUUAUUAUUAUUAUUAUUAUUAUUAUAAGAAAGAAAAACAUUUUACGAGUCUUCGGAGUAACAAUGUCGUAAAACAAACGUAAUUAAUGUGUCGGCGCGUAUUUUUAUUUUUCGUAUCGUUUACUCGUCGUUAAUUAAUCUGCUAUCGCGUAUUUUUGUAUUAUGCAUCCAUAUUAUAUUAUAUAUUUAUAUGUAUGUAUGCGUGUUUUGUAUAAUAUAAUAUUAUUUGAAUGUUAUAACACGCCAGGCUAACAGAGCGGGCGUUUAUAUUAUUAAAAUAAAAAAUAAGAUUAUUACUAUUUACUAUUAUUACUUAUCGUCAUUAUAUUAUUACU